AUGGAAUCCAGAAACCGAACUGCUGACAAGGUCAUUGCUAAGGAGCAUAGUGUCAACAUGGCUGAGCACAAAGCGAAUGUGGAGAAGUUCAAGGGGAAGUGUCACUACUGCCACAAAGUGGAACACAAGACUACUGAGUGUCGCAGCAAGAUCAUAGACGAGAAGCAUCAAGCAAAUCUCACUGAGGAGGAUCUCGUUGCAAUGGUGACUAAGGUCAACAUGGUUGAAGGCAGCAACCCCAAAGAAUGGACGAUGUUCAACACUUAUCAGGAAAGCAAGACUCAGGAGAAGCUGUUCAUUGGAAACACUGCAGUCUCCAAGAUUGAAGGAUGUGGCAAUGUGGUUCUGAAGAUGACAUCUGGACGUGAAGUCACUCUGACGAAUGUGAAGCAUAUGAGGCGGAUAAAGUUCUUGAUGUUGGGUUUCCAAGACGAGUUGCGUACUAUCUUUCACUGCCUGCCCAAGAGUAGACAAACGUUGUUGUUCUCCACUACAAUCACAAGUAACUUACAGCCAUUGCUCGAACAUUCUUCAAACAAAGCUUAUUUCUAUGAAGCCUAUGAAGGUUUAAAGACGGUUGAUACUCUCAAGCAGCAGUACAUCUUCUUGAACAAAGAUGCCAAAGAACUUUGCAUUAAUUCUCAGUCUAUGCGGCUCUCUGCACUCAGUAAAAUCAAGUCCGGGAAAAUACCGAUAUUGGACAUUCCUACUGUUGACCUUGUAAUCAACUAUGACAUUCCAAGAUAUCCAAGGGAUUAUGUUCAUCGUGUUGGACGUACAGCUAGAGCUGGUAGAGGUGGACUAGCUGUAAGCAUUAUCACUGAGGUAAAGGGAUUUAGGAUACAAAAGAGAAAAGCUGCCGAAGAAAAAGGAUAA